AUGGAGUCCGCCGAGUUAACCCUUGUCAUCCAUUACGCAAAGGAUCUCAAAGAUGUCAAACACUUUGGAACCAUGGAUCCCUAUGCUGUAGUUUGGAUCGCCGGCUAUGGAAAGGAGUCCCAAAAAAUAACAACACCUGUCGCAGAAAAGGCUGGUUGUUAUCCAGAAUGGAACUAUUCCGUUAAAUUCCAUAUUGUUCCUGUGAAGAGAGAGUACAGUCUCUUCAUCCAGAUCAAGCACGAAGGGGCCAUGUUUGACCGGUAUAUCGGAGAAGUUGAAGUGCCUUUUGCAGAUCUUCUCGAUGCUGAUGCUUCCAUUGGUAAACGUAGUUACCGGUUGUCCAUACCAUCCGGUGAAAAAAAGGGAGAAAUCAUUUUUGCACAUCAAUUCUCGAAAUUGGAUGUGGAUGAGGAUGAUGGCACUGGCAUCAGCCAUGCAACAGAUCCUUGCGAAAAGAGAAAACGCGAUAAAGUGAUAAACCUUGCUAAGAACGUGACAAAAACUGGUGCUUUAGGAGCUCAGUAUGUGGUACUAUUUGCGCUGGGGUUGGAUGGCCUUAUCGAGUGA